AUGUUCCGCAUUCAUCGCCGAGCCGUCGCCUCGCUCUCAUCGUCGUCCUCCCGUCGUGUCCCAUUAGUAGCCAAUGCGUCGUCUUGGUGGCGUCGAAGCUUUCGUUCGAUCCCGGGCGAAGGGGCUGAUAAACGUGCGCUUUUCGAACAAAAGGGACUCUAUCGGCAGCUUGAAGAGAAGGACAGUUGCGGUGUCGGAAUGAUUGCGAGCCUUAAAAAGAAACCAUCACGCUCGACGGUUGUCCAGGCCAAUGAAAUGCUUGUCCGCAUGUCGCAUCGUGGCGGCUGUGGCUGUGAUCCCGCGUCCGGAGACGGCGCGGGAAUGUUGGUCGCUUUACCCCAUGAUUUUCUCCAGCGUGUCGUUACUGAUGGAGAAUUUGGUGCCUCAGCCAAGUUACUGGACUUGGAGAAGGAGAAAUAUGCAGUUGGGAACGUCUUUUUCAACAAGAACUCACCCAACGACAUUCCAUUGGCAAAAAAGACAUUUGAUGAUAUGGCUGAAACUAUGGGACUUAGAGUCGUAGGAUGGAGGGCCAUGCCCACGACGUCUACUACAUUGGGAGCUACGUCCCUUGCUUCAGAGCCUCAUGUUGAGCAGAUCAUGGUGCUAAAUGAGAACCCAAAGCUAUCGGGAGAUGAUUUUGAAAAGGAACUACUUCGACUACGCAACGUUGUCACAUCUGUGAAUGAAAAAAAGUUUUCUGAUUUUUACGUGAACUCACUGAGUAAUCGUACAAUUACAUACAAGGGCCAGCUCACCCCUGAACAGUUGUUUCAGUACUAUGAUGACUUGUCUGCCAAGGAUUUUACGUCGUAUGUGGCGCUCGUACAUUCUCGGUUCUCGACCAACACGUUCCCAUCGUGGGACCGCGCUCAGCCCAACCGAAUCAUGUGUCACAAUGGUGAAAUUAACACGUUGCGUGGCAACAAGAACUGGAUGUACGCCCGUGGUGGCACGCUCCACAGUUCGUACUUUGGUAACCGUACGUCGGACCUGCUACCCGUGUGCUCAGAUUCCAAGUCGGACUCCGGCAACUUUGAUGCUGUCUUGGAGAUUCUCACGAAGGCUAGUUCUUGCAACCGUUCGUUGCCAGAGGGCAUGAUGAUGAUGAUCCCUGAGGCUUGGCAGAACGACCCGCUUAUUGAUCCGCUCAAGAAGGACAUGUACAAGUACCAGUCGCUGCUCAUGGAGCCGUGGGAUGGCCCGGCCAUGAUGGCGUUCACGGACGGCAAAUACAUUGGCGCUACGCUGGACCGCAAUGGUUUACGUCCGAGCCGUUACUACGUCACGAAGGACGACCACGUUCUUCUUUCCAGUGAAAUUGGUGUGCUCGAGCACCUGCCAGAGAAGGACAUCAAGUACAAACGCCGUCUAGAGCCCGGCAAGAUGUUCCUCGUGGACUUUGAGCGCGGUAUGAUUGUGUCGGACGAUGAAGUCAAAAAGUCUGUCAGCGAGAGCCGUCCUUUUAAGAAGUGGUUGGAUGAAAAUCUUGUGUCGUUGUCGGAGCUGACUGCAGUCAAGAAGGAUAUGGUGACUCAGUCCAAGCGCCGUUCAAACUAUACCGAGCUAAACCGCCGUUUGAAUAUGUUUGGAUUCACGACGGAGACGAUGGACUUGCUUAUGAUGCCGAUGGGGAUAUACGGCAAGGAGCCUCUGGGUAGCAUGGGAAACGACGCGCCGCUCGCCGUGCUAUCGGAACAGCCCAAGCUGCCGUUUGAGUACUUCAAGCAAUUGUUUGCACAAGUGACAAACCCGCCGAUCGACCCCAUUCGUGAGGAGCUGGUUAUGAGCUUGAUGUGCCCUGUGGGUCCGGCUGCGAAUGUGCUAGAUGCAACUGCAAAGCACGCCAAGCGGUUAAUGGUAGAACAACCAGUAAUGUCGAGCGCCGAAAUGGAUGCUCUAAAAAGCGCCAACAACCCGGAUUGGACGCCGAAGGUCCUGGAUGCUACGUUUGCUGCUGGCAGCGGCGCCCGUGGCCUUGUGGAGGCUCUUUAUCGUCUGUGCGAGCAAGCUACGGAUGCACUCAUUAACGAAAAGGCACCCAUUCUUGUGCUCUCUGACAAGCUGGCCGGUGUGAACCGAUACCCAGUGCCGUCAUUGCUUGCUGUUGGUGCUGUGCACCAGCACCUUUUGCGAACCCAGCAGCGCACAAGUGUAGCCCUGUUCACGGAGUGUGGUGACGCCAAGGAAGUGCACGACUUCUGCACGCUGUUGGGCUUUGGCGCUGACGCUAUCAGUCCCCACAUGGCGGAGAUGGCACUGAAGAAGAUGAACGACGAAGGUCUGUUGUAUGCUCACUCGAAGAUCGAAAUGGCAAACUCGGAGGUCUUUGACAAGUACCGUGCUGCCGUUGGCAAAGGUAUCUUGAAGGUCAUGUCCAAGAUGGGCAUUUCCACGCUUCAGUCGUACAAAGGAGCGCAGGUGUUUGAGGCUGUGGGUCUGGGCGACGAUAUCAUUAGCAUGUGCUUCGAAGGCACGAACUCGCGGAUCCAGGGCACGGACUUCGAGGCGCUAUACACGGACAUCUCGCGUUUUCACCAGGCUGGAUACCCGCUCCACUCAGACAUGCUCCCUCUGAUCCGCAACCCAGGCAGCUACCAUUUCCGCAACAACUCGGAGGUGCACUACAACUCGCCCAAGAAUAUUGUGGCAUUACAGCUUGCUGCUCGCGAGAACUCGCGCGAAGCCUACGCGCAGUACGUCGAGGAGACAAACGAGCUGUGUAAGCGCGUGAACCUGCGCGGCCUCUUGGACUUCAAGUUUGUCGACGAGGACAAGAUGCCCAAGCUAGAAGAGAUGGAAAGUGUUGCUGAGAUUGUGAAGCGCUUCAACACGGGCGCUAUGAGUCUAGGGAGUAUCUCGCAGGAGACACACGAGGCCCUCGCUAUUGCAAUGAACACCCUUGGUGGACGUAGCAACACUGGUGAAGGUGGCGAGGACUCCAAGCGUUUUACAAAGCCUGGAGACCCGCCUAAUCUUCGUCGCUCGGCUAUCAAGCAGGUGGCUUCAGGCCGAUUUGGCGUGACCAUGAACUACUUGACUAACGCGGACCAACUGCAAAUUAAGAUGGCGCAGGGAGCGAAGCCAGGUGAGGGUGGUGAGCUGCCUGGCCACAAGGUCAGCGACUACAUCGGUUCCAUGCGUCACACAACGCCUGGCGUGGGUCUUAUUUCCCCACCACCGCACCACGACAUUUAUUCGAUUGAGGAUCUAGCUCAGUUGAUCCACGAUCUCAAACACUCGAACCCGUCGGCAGAAGUGUCGGUGAAGCUAGUGUCUGAAGUCGGAGUUGGUGUGGUUGCUGCCGGUGUGGCGAAGGCUAAGUCAGACCAUAUUACCGUGUCGGGCCACGAUGGUGGCACUGGUGCAUCGUCGUGGACUGGCGUGAAGAACGGUGGUCUUCCGUGGGAGUUGGGUCUCGCGGAGACACAGCAGACGCUGGUGCUGAACGAUCUUCGUUCGCGAGUGAAGCUGCAGACCGACGGCCAGUUAAAAACCGGUCGUGAUGUGAUGGUUGCUGCUCUGCUUGGUGCUGAGGAGUACGGAUUUGCUACGGGCCCUUUGAUUGCUCUUGGGUGCAUCAUGAUGCGCAAGUGCCAUCUGAACACGUGUCCGGUCGGAGUUGCCACGCAGGACCCGGAACUUCGCAAGAAGUUCCAGGGCCAGCCUGAGCAUGUGGUAAACUUUAUGUUCAUGCUUGCUGAAGAGGUUCAGGACUACAUGCGUCGCUUAGGUUUCCGCAAGCUGGACGACUUGAUCGGUCGCGCGGACCUCUUGAAGGUGAAUCAGGAUGCCUUGCACUACAAGAGCCGUAAGCUGGACCUGUCUCCGCUCCUGAUUAACGCUAGCACGCUGAAUGAGGGUGCUGGUGUAAAAAAGGAGAUUGAACAGGAACACGAGGUCGAGAAUUGCAUUGACAUGCGUUUGAUCGCCAUCGCCAAGGACGCACUGGAAAACAAGACCCCCGUAGUGAUCGAAGACAUUGCGACCAAUUUGGACCGUACGCUAGGCGCCACGCUUUCGCACGAGAUCUGUAAGCGGUACGGUGAGGAGGGUCUUCCUGACGGAACUAUCCACUUGAAGCUAAAGGGCCACGGCGGUCAGAGUCUGGCUUUCGGUCUUGCCAAGGGCGUGCGUCUUGACCUGCAGGGCGACUCAAAUGAUUACGUCGGCAAGGCGCUUUCUGGCGGUGAGGUGUCGGUGUACCCGAGCCCUAAGUUCUCUGAGCGUGCAAACCCAGAAAACGUGAUUGUCGGCAACGCUGUGCUGUAUGGUGCUACGAGUGGUGAGGCUUUCUUUUCGGGCAAGGCUGGCGAGCGAUUUUGCGUGCGUAACUCCGGUGUGAAGGCGGUUGUAGAAGGUGUGGGCGACCACGGCUGCGAGUACAUGACGGGCGGUCGUGUGGUCGUCCUCGGCUCUACUGGUCGCAACUUUGCUGCUGGUAUGUCCGGUGGUAUCGCUUACAUCUACGACGAGGACAAUAGUUUCCAGUCCAAGUGUAACAUGGGCAUGGUUGGCGUCGGCCCGCUAACUGAAACUGCGUCGGACGGCGAAAUUCAAGAGCUGAAGGUUCUCAUCUCUAAACAUUUGGAGCGCACACAGUCGCCGAAGGCGCAAAAGGUGUUGGAUGACUGGGACACUUCGACUUCAAAGUUUAUGCGAGUAAUGCCGUAUGACUACGAGCGGGUGCUACUACAGCAUGUGGCAGUAAAGGAGACCAAGAACGUGGCUUGUGCUUCGGCCUAA